UAUUAUGAACUUCUUGUAUGACCUUAAUAUGUUAAUAAUCUUAGUAUGUUAUAUAUACGAAGUUAACCAUUAAAAUGUCGUUUGAUAUCACGACAUCAGCGUCAUCUGCCAACAAAUAAGUUAUAACUUUUAUUUUAUACGAAUUUAUCUUUUAUAGUUACCUUGUAGAAAUCAAGGGUAAUAGGUGAAAGUUGAUUUGCAUUAAGCAUGCUUUUGUACGCAUACUUGUUGCUUACGUGACAAACGCGAAGCAGAAGAGAAAGUUCGUUCUUAAUAAACUAGUAUUAGCAAAGAUGUCCAAGUAUAAGUUUGUUUUAAAUCUGCUCAGAAACGAUUAUAUUAUUAAAGAUUUAUAUCAUAAUAAGUGUAAUAAUGUGUUCAUGAUACAGAGGAAUGUCUGUUCUUCUAAAGAAAAAAAUAUUUAUCUAUUUGAACCUUGCAUGUUUGCUGCAAAACCAGUAGUAAGUCAAAAACCAGAUUGGAAUAAAGCUGUUUCUGAAGCUGAGAAAAUUGUGGGAUAUCCAACAUCUUUUUUAAGUUUACGAUGGUUGCUCAGUGAUGAGAUCGCCAAUGUGGCCUUACACUUAAGAAAAUUAGUUGGAUCUAAUCAUCCUUUGUUAAAAACAGCCAAAAAUUUGAUAUAUAAUGGCCGUGAUAGUAUGCAAGCUUGGGGUUUAAUUAUAUUAUUAAUAUCUAAAGCUGCUGGUCAUUUAAAUGUCGAUAAUAUGGAAGAAGAUAAAGCUGCUGGUGUUUUACACAGUCAACGGGCAUUAGCAGAAAUUACUGAAAUGAUACAUACAAGUCAUCUUAUACAUAAAGCUCUUGUAAAUAUACCUUCUGGAAUAUAUCCAGAAACAUCUGAGUUACAUGACAUGACAUUUGGUAAUAAAAUUGCUUUAUUAAGUGGUGAUUACUUACUCAGUAACAGUUGUACUGAAUUGGCAAAUCUUAGGAAUCAAGAGCUUAUUGAAUUAAUGUCAACUGUUGUAAAAGAUUUGACUGAAGGAGAAUUCAUUGGACGACGAGAUAAUCAGAAUAAUCCAUUACCAUGUGAACCUCCAUCAAAUCGUAAAGAUUAUGCUGUAAAAGAAUGGACAUUAAGAAAUGUAUUAAGUGCUGGUACUUUACUUGGAAAAUCUUGUAAAGGUACUUUAAAAUUAGCUGGCCAUAGUGAUGAUAUACAAGAGCAGGGCUAUGAAUUCGGAAAACAUUUAGCAUUAGCUUGGCAAGCAUAUUUGGAUCUAGGGGUUUUUAUUAAUAAAGAGCCACCUGUAUCUUUCAAUUUAUGUUCUGCACCCAUUAUGUUUCAUAUAGAACAUGAUCCAUCUAUUUUAACAGAAAUAGAUAAGGGUUUAGAAUCUAUAGAUAAUGUAGAUUAUGUAAAGGUAUACAACAUUGUAAGUCAAGGGCCUGGCAUUGAAUUAACAAAACAGUUACAGAAAAAACACUCACAGAAAGCAACAGAAGUUCUUAGCGUAUUUCAAGAAAGUGAUGCUAGAACAGCAUUAUAUAAUAUCAUAGCAGCAAUGGGAGAUUUUUAAAUUAAAGUUCAAAGUUAAUGAACUGAUGUGUGUAAUUUUGACAAAGAUUGCCCAAUGUCAGUUCAUACACCGUCCAAUUUUCAGUUUUGAAGUUAAUAUUUAAAGCUGAAUAAUAUACUUACAUGUAUUUAACUAUUUGUAUAUAUAAUACAUAAAUCAUGACUACAUUAUAUUUAUAUAUAUUU